AUGCCCAACACCUCUGACCUCAUCUUCUUGAGUCAGAUAAACAAAAUUCCAACAGUAGAAAGAUAUAUGAAUAAGGCAUCCAAUCUAAUGCCAAUAGGCGGAAAUCUGGCAAUUGAAAAAGGACAAGCGGUUAAGGAUUCCGGUGGUGCUGCCAUGAUUCUCGUGAACAAUGAGCGAUAUGGAAACACGACAAAUGCCGAAGCUCAUGUCCUUCCAGCGACACAAAUCAGUUAUGCCGAUGGACUAAAAGUCAAAACUUACAUAAACUCGUCGUCAAAUCCUGUAGCUAAGAUUUUGUUCAAAGGAACCUUGUUUGGUGAUGAUCGUGCCCCCGUGCGAAGGGUGAAUUGCUCGGCCGAAUCAAGUAUACCAGAUGGGCAAUUAAACUAUCCAGCAUUUGUUAUUACUUUUACAGUUCUAUCGAAUUCUCAGACCUAUACCAGGACAGUAACAAAUGUUGGUGAAUCUAAAUCCUCGUACACUGUCAAAAUUUUUAGUCCACCUGGCGUUGAUGUGCGUGUUGAGCCCACAACACUGAAUUUCUCUGAGCUCAACCAGAAGAUGAUAUAUCGAGUGACAUUCAAUCGAUUGGCUUCUUCAGGAAACAAUACUGUUGUUCAAGGUUAUCUUGUAUGGAAUUCAGACAAGCAUUCUGUACGAAGUCCUAUAGCAGUUAUACUGUCCUAG